UUAUAUUGACGUCAGUAUCCCGAGUGGGCGACACUUGUUUGGCAAUGCGUCGCUAACGUUAGCUAAUGUUGCCGCGGACGUCAAAAGUCUCCGCCGUCGCGAAGUGCUAGUUGGUCUUUGCUAGCCUCGGCAGGCAGGCAAGUCCGCAUCGGCCGGUCGAUCUAACGACAUCGUCCGUCCUCCACAGUCGCUGUUUCGGACGGCUGCGAUGUUCAGAGGGAGCGCAGGACGGUGCUUCCAACAUGACCUCUGACUGAGAAACGCCGCGACUCGUCUUUUCGGCUCACUAUGAACAGCGAGGAGGAGUUCUACGACGCCGAGACAGGGCUCGAGUCGGACGAUUCCUUGGACAUCAGUUUUAAGGACCCGCUGGGGUUUGAGAGCGCGCAACAAGUCGCCGAUGGCUCCGCUGCAGAGCACGACGCAGUGUGGCGACGGAGGAAAAGUCUGCCCGCUGAAACGAUCACCAGAACCAAUUUUAGUGUGACGAGCAUACUGAAGAAAUGUAUUGGCAUGGAGCUGUCCAAAAUUGCCAUGCCGGUCGUGUUUAAUGAACCGCUGAGCUUCCUCCAGAGACUCUCAGAGUACAUGGAACACUCUCACCUCAUCCACAGAGCUUGCGGGUUGCCUGACUCCGUGGACCGGAUGCAGGUUGUCGCCGCCUUCGCCGUUUCAGCGAUCGCAUCUCAGUCGGAACGGACCGGAAAACCGUUUAAUCCUUUACUGGGGGAGACCUUUGAACUCACCAGAGAGGAAGACGGCUACAGGUUGAUCUCGGAGCAGGUGAGCCACCACCCGCCCGUCAGUGCCUUCCACGCAGAGUCUCUGAAGCAAGAGUUUGCGUUCCACGGAUCCAUUUACCCCAAACUCAAGUUCUGGGGCAAAAGUGUGGAGGCGGAGCCCAAAGGCACCAUGACCCUGGAGUUACUCAAGCAUAAAGAAGCGUACACCUGGAGCUACCCAAUGUGCUGCGUGCACAACGUUCUCAUAGGAAAGCUUUGGAUCGAGCAGUACGGAACAGUCGAGAUUGUAAACCACAGCACGGGAGAAAAGUGCGUGUUGAACUUCAGACCGUGCGGAAUGUUCGGAAAAGAGCUGCACAAGGUGGAAGGUUACAUACAAGACGACAGGAAGAAGAAGCGGCGGGUCAUUUACGGAAAGUGGACCGAGUGCAUGUACAGCGUGGAGCCCAAAGUUCAUGAAGCGCACAAGAAGUCUGAGAAGAAGGGGGGCGCGGACUCAAAGAAGCCGAGGCAGGAACAUAGCUGCGAAGAUGGGAAUGCAGUUCAAGAGACCGUGACUGUGAUCCCAGGAAGUGCCUUGCUCUGGAGGAUAUCGCCACGGCCCGCUCAUUCGGCACAGAUGUACAACUUCACCAAUUUUGCCGUGACGCUGAACGAGCUGGAGCCCGGCACGGAGCGACUACUGGCGCCGACCGACAGCCGGCGGAGGCCCGACAUCCGAGCCAUGGAGAGCGGAGACAUAGAUUCGGCAAGUGCGGAGAAAGAGCGCCUGGAAGAGAAACAGAGGGCAGCGCGCAGAGGGAGACUCAAAGACGAGGAGGAGUGGUCGACCAGGUGGUUCGAGCUGGGAACCAACCCUCACACCGGCGCCGACGAUUGGCUGUACAAGGGCGGAUACUUUGACCGGAACUUUGCCGACUGUCCCGACAUUUACUGACCGUGGCAGAGGACUUCUCUCGGCAUCUUACGAUAAGUGCGCCGUACGGGAACGCCGGCUGAACUGACCUCGAUGAUGAAUGUCAUCCACGGGAAAAAACCUUCUAGUAAGUUUACGUACGGUAGAUGUCGUUCUUGUGCCCGCUGUCCUCACAUUUGAUCCACUUUACGAAUCGUAGUCCACAUAGAUUAAACGUUACACGGCCGUCGAAGGAUUCGGACCACCCGUGUGAGCUGCACGCGGUCUGGCCUCGGUUUUGGGUUCAGGUGCUAACUCCCAAUGUGACAUUUGUGCACACACCACCUACUUCUGUCAAAUGACGUUCAAAUACCAGGAGCUAUUUUUCUAUCAAAUAUUGUACGAUGUUAAAUGCCGGCUAAUGCACCCUGAAGACACCGCGAGUGUUUUCUUCCCCGCGUAGAAAACGCCCAAAAUGUCCUCGCUCCGUAAAAUGCGCCUGUUGCUACAAUCUGUCGUCUGCGUCUGAAAGCGUGUCGCAUUUUUGGUGCCCGCGUGAUAUUCAAAACUCAUCUGUUACACGUUGAAGCCAUAAAAUGCUUUCUGCACUUUGGGGAAGUACUGUAAAUGCACUCGGAUUGAACCUCACAAUAAAGGGAUUAGGAGCACGUUAGGUUGAACCGAAAACUGUGACUGUCUAGUUUCGAGCGACAUUCACACGACAUCCGUUCAUUCGGACACAGUCGUGGGGAUAUGGAUCGUUUCCUUCCAAGAACCAAACUCCUGUGUCGGAACAGGGCCAGAACCUAUGCAAACCGAUCCACCCCGCGGAGCCUUCCGCAACGUGAAACAGAUCAGGAUCCAAUUCCGACGCGUGAUGAUCACCGCCGAGGAAGGAUGCUUAUGAUUAUUGUUGUGUCUGAGCGCUAAUCUUGCACAAAAGUGGCUCAGGUCGUCGUCCUCUGCACAUUUUGUUAUGGUGAACAACGCUUGUGUGAGUUCCGAGCACCUCCAACCCCGAAGACACAAAAGAUGCAAGAUUUUUGUAUGGGUCCUGUAAAUGAUGCCGCUCUAUUCGAAAGAUGACAUUGUCUGCUCAGUUAUCAUCCCUGUCACGUGAGACACAUUCACAAACCAUCUAUGCUUUAUAGAUUAAAAUAUGGACGAUGAAAAUGAAGUGCUUGUGUCACGUUCUUCUCCUCUUUAUGACCAUGAAUCUGUGAUUCUCAAAGUGGGGCACUCGUGCUCCCUCUAGCGGUACAUCAAGGAUUCUGCAAAUAAAAUGUGACUUGACAAAGA